GGCCCCGGGGCUGUCGGCGUGCGUUCGAGCGCAGCGAGGACGCUACUAAGCACGGACCAAUCAGAUUGCGCAAUUUAAAUUACCCAGCUCUACAAAACCAACUAGCCGCCGAGAGAGGAUUCAUUUUUCACCGAAAACCAGAUAGAAAAUGGGCCGAAAUCAAACGACUUUAUGUGUUGCAGCCGUUGCGCUGGGUCUCCUGACCUGCCUGGUACAAGAUGGUGCUUCAAAACCGUUCGUAGAGCGGAGCCUCGUUCCACUGGGCUCCAGCUCUUCAGAGGGAACGCCGCCAGGGAACGACGCUGGGCCCGUGGAUUCCUGCGUGCAGCCGCAAUCUUCCUCCGUAUGCACGUUGGAUUACGAAAUGCCGCAGAGCCUGGCCGUAAUCUCUGCAGCUAUUGAGCUGGAGAUCGAGGAAAUCUCCGCCGACGAGGGGCUCUACCGCUCCGGCGAAUGCGCGGCCACUGCAAGAGCGAUCAUGUGCGCCCAGAGGUUCCCACGGUGCGAGAAGCAGGGGGACGGAGAGGUGCAGGUACUCCUGACGUCUCUGAACUGCGAGGAGAUGGUAAGGGAGAACUGCGGUACGGAUGUGGCAAAUGUGCUUCUUGACCGAGACGACUUCUGCGACCUACACAACUCGUCGCUUGUGGCCGCAGAAUGCAAGUCGCUCACAGAACACGAGAACGCAACGAUGCAAGAGGACCGACUGCAAUAUUGCACGCAGGACAUGCAGAGAAAAGUUACUGGGUGGAUGUACGAGCUGAUGCGAUACUACGACACCCGUUUUGGAAUGAUUGCAGAAGAAAUUGACAAGGUUUGCUAUGAGCAACAGGCAAACUUUACCUGCCAGCUGUUGGGCCAGUGCUCAGAGGACGGCCAGAGAGUUGAGAUCCUCAACACAUACGAAUCCUGCGAGAAAUUCAUCAACUGUUUCCCUGAGGCUCAUGCAGAGCGCCUGAGAGAUUUCUACGACUGCAGCCACUGGCCACAUGAGGUGAAAUCAACAACUGCCCCCUCUACUCCUGCCACUACCGCUCUACCCAGCACCUGGCCAACACCGCCUGACAGGAAGAACGAGCAGGUCGUUGGAGGGGGAGGUCCCUCUCAUCACAGACUCUCUCUAUUGACUCUCGCUCUAGCACCACUUGCACUCCACCUUCUCCUCUAGUCCCCCCUCUCUUUCUCCCUUCUGCUUUUGGAUCACUUAUGCCAGAUUGCACACAGAAAUCAUCCUCGUAAUUUAUCACCAGAUGUGAUUUGUACACUUAUUGCUUAAUUUGUGUGAUUGCUUGCAGCUGUGUCAUAAAAUUCUUGUUAAUAAUGUGCAGAUAUUGGUCGGUAUUGGGCGUUCUGCCAGAUGGUAUUCGUUCCUGAAGUUGUGGGCAGCCCAGGCCACCAAUUUACUAGUGGACACACUGAACCCAGAUCAGUGUGUGAUUGCAACGAAGCCACAAGUAACUCCCACAUAAGUCAGAGAAAAAUAUUG